AUGGGACUACAAAACAGCAACCGGAUACAGCGACGCCAUAAAGGGUACAUUGCACCAGAUGGCGGACAAGCCCAUCCUAUAGCCGGUUUUUACGCAGAAAUGCGCAAGAAGAUAACACCACGAACUCAAACCAACACCGUCCCCGAAUCAUCACUUGAAGAAGCAAGAGCUUUGGCUCAAAAAGAAGAGAUACUUGCAAAGCAACGGCUGGUCUUCGGCUCGAAGCCUGGCGUUCGUGAGCGCAGAAAGGCAAUCGACGCAGCAUCGCACAAUAUUGCUGGCAUAAUAGUCCCUCCCAAACCCUCGGAGCCGGAUAACUGCUGCAUGUCUGGGUGCGUGAACUGCGUGUGGGAUAUGUAUCGCGAUGAGAUGGAGGAGUGGGCGGAGAAGAGUACGAAGGCGAGAGUUGCAAUGCAAGCGAGGAGGAAGAAUGGCGAGGAAGUGGCAGAAAAAGGCGCGCCGAAUCUUGUUGCUGUAAGCAUGGAUGAUGAUGGCGGUGGGAGUGAGACGAAUUGGGGCGAAGAGACAAGGGAUCUAUUUGAGGAUGUGCCAGUGGGCAUCAGAGAGUUUAUGAAGACGGAGAAGAAGUUGAAACAGCGACAUAAGGCGGCGCAGGCGACUACGGUUUGA